AAGAUCUUCAAAUGGAGAAAGUAGCUAGCAUGGGUUCCAACAACGGUAAAACCCAAAGGAGACCUUCAACCUUGCUAGAAGGAGAACUCAAGGCUAGACGUGGACCAGGGAGGUACGGUGACACCCACCGAUGGCGUGCUCAGACAGUGAGCGAUCUUGACCAUUGA